AGAGCUGGCUAAGGAAGUUGUUGAACUUUUGACCACUGCUGCAGAUGGUGCUAAAUCUUUGAUUGAUGCUAGUGAUAGGCUGAUAUUAUAUGUUGAAUUAGCUCGAUUAUAUGGUACUCUUGGUUAUGAGCGUAAGGCGGCGUUCUUUUCAAGGAGGCUGGAUCAGGUCAUGCUGAUAGCACAAAAAUGCUGCACCAGGCCCUAAUCUCUCUUUUUGAGUCUCAAUGGAGCACCCUGCAAAUGGUUGUACUGAGAGAGAUUCUGCUAUCUGUUGUCCGUGCUGGAGAUCCUCUUGCUGCCUGGAGUGCAGCUGCACGGCUGCUUAGGUCAUAUUAUCCUUUAAUUACACCUGUAGGGCAAAAUGGUCUUGCUAGUGCACUUUCAAAUUCAGCUGAUAGGCUGCCUUCUGGAACACGCUCUGCUGAUCCUGCUCUACCUUUCAUUAGAUUGCAUUCUUUUCCCCUUCAUCAAUCACAAAUGGACAUUGUUAAGCGGAAUUCAGCUAAAGAAGAUUGGUGGGCUGGAUCAGCUCCUUCUGGACCUUUUAUAUAUACACCAUUCAGCAAAGGAGAGCCAAAUAACAACAGUAAACAGGAGUUGAUUUGGGUUGUUGGGAAUUUGAUGCAGGUAAGAGCACCAUCACAGCCAGUGGUUGUGUCUAUACCAAUAUUGCAUUAUGAUGAUACUGAAUCUACAAAAGCAUCAAGACGGCAACUCAAGGAAGCUAUAUAUACAACACUAUUUAACAUGAAUGUUCCUGCUGUUUGUGCAAUUAAUCAGGCAACUUUAGCUUUGUAUGCUGCUAGAAGAACUUCAGGAAUUGUUGUAAAUAUUGGGUUUCAAGUCACAUCAGUUGUUCCAAUUUUACAUGGUAAAGUAAUGCGCAAAGUGGGUGUGGAGGUUGUGGGACUGGGAGCACUAAAACUUACCGGGUUUCUUAAGGAGUUGAUGCAGCAGAACAAUAUUAGUUUUGAAUCGCUGUACACCGUUCGCACUUUGAAAGAGGUACAAGUCUUGCUUGUUUCUUGAGUGCAGAAUAUUGUUGUUGAAUAUUUAUCCUCGUUUUUCCUGA